UGGGGCUCCAUUACCAAUUUUAGGCCUCCAUUCCCAAUUUUGGGGCUCCAUUCCCAAAUUUUGGGGCUCCAUUCCCGGAUUUUGGGGCUCCAUUCCCAAUUUUAGGGCUCCAUUCCCGGAUUUUGGGGCUCCAUUCCCGGAUUUUUUGGCUCCAUUCCCAAUUUUUGGGGCUCCAUUUCCAAUUUUGGGCUCCAUUCCCGGAUUUUGGGGCUGAAUUCCCGGAUUUUGGGGUUGCUGGGCUGAUUUUGGGGCUCCAUUCCCAAAUUUUGGGGCUCCAUUCCCGAUUUUUUUAUCCUCCAUUCCCAAAUUUCCCGGCUCCCUGCCCCAAUUCCCGGCCCCGAUGACGUCACCUGCGGUUUUGGGGCCGCGCCUCCCAAAUUUGGGGUUUCGCUCCCAAUUUUUUGGGGCUGCCCGGGGCCAUUUUGGGGCUGCCUGACCUUAAUUGGGGACACGAUGACGUCAUCAAAGCUCCAGGACCGGUUUUUGGGGUGCCCGGACCGGUUUUGAGGGUUUUUUUAGGAUCGACCUCAAUUUUAGGCUUCAAUUAAAGACUUGGAGGUUUUAAUUAAGUUUGGGGGGGUGGUGAUGACGUCACCGGGGCGGGGAAAUGAAGGGCUUGCGCCGAUGACGUCACCGCACCCCAAAAAUGCCGCCCCGCCCCCCCCCCCCCCCUCACAAAAUCCCAAAGCGGCCGCGGCCGAAUUUGGGGUGAAACUCGUCGGGUUCAGCAGGUUUUGGGCUCAUGGGGCGCCUCUGCCGCUGCUGCCGCCGCCGCGGUCACUCCCGGGGUCCCUCCCGGGGUCCCUCCCGGGGUCACUCCCGGGGUCACUCCAAGGGUCACUCUCGGGGUCACUCCAAGGGUCAGCGCCACCCCCGGCCCUGCCCCGCUCCCCCGGCCCAGCUGCCCUGCCCGCCGAUGACGUCACCGAUGACGUCAGCAGUGCCCGCUUACAUCAUCUGGCCCCCCCCGGCCAUCGUCACCCUGGGGGGUCCCCGGGUCGCAGUGCUGGGGGACAGAAAGCCCCAAACUUGCUGCUUUUAGCCCCAAAAAGUGGAGAAUUCCCUCGCUUUGCCCUCCAAAAUGGGGACAUUUGACCCAAAAUCGGCAUUUUUCACCCCAAAAUCGGCAUUUUUGAACCAAAAUCCAGGUUUUUCACCCCAAAAUUGGCAUUUUUGAACCAAAAUCCAGAUUUUUCACCCCAAAAUUGGCAUUUUUCACCCCAAAUCUGGGAUUUUUCACCCCAAUAUUGGCAUUUUGGACCCAAAAUUGGCAUUUUUCACCCCAAAAUCGGCAUUUUUGAACCAAAAUUCAGAUUUUUCACCCCAAAAUUGGCAUUUUUGAUCGAAAAUCCAGAUUUUUGACCCCAAAAUUGGCAUUUUUCACCCCAAUUCUGGGAUUUUUUACCCCAAUAUUGACAUUUUUCACCCCAAAAUUGGCAUUUUGGACCCCAAAUCCGAGAUUUUUCACCCCAAAAUUGGCAUUUUGGACCCAAAAUUCGAAUUUUUCAACCCCAAAUCGGCAUUUUUGAUCCAAAAUCCAGAUUUUUGACCCCAAAAUUGGCAUGUUCCACCCCAAAUCCGGGAUUUUUCACCCCCAAAUUGGCUUUUUUGAUCCAAAAUCCAGAUUUUUGACCCCAAAAUUGGCAUUUUCCACCCCAAAUCCGGGAUUUUUCACCCCCAAAUUGGCUUUUUUGAUCCAAAAUCCAGAUUUUUCACCCCAAAAUUGGCAUUUUCGAUCCAAAAUCCGGAUUUUUGACCCAAAAUGGGAAUUUUUUUUAACCCAAAAUUCCAAUUUUUGACCAAAAUUUGACAUUUUUCACGCCAUAAUUGGCUUUUUUGACCCAAAAUUGGCAUUUUUCACCCCAAAAUUGGCAUUUUGGACCCGAAACUGUGAUUUUUAACCCAAAAUUCGGAGGUUUGCCCCCACAAUUGUAACUUUGGACCCCAAAUAAAGAUUUGUAACCCCAA